AUGGCUGAUCCAACUGAUGCUAUCUGUACUGAACUCAUAAAGCCAUUUGACACUGUACCAAACUUUGCACGAGAAAUCCAAUCCCUUAUUAAGACACCACUCAUUCGAAAGUUACCUGUAGCACCCUACCUAUUUAGAAAAAUUCAUGAUGAGGUUUAUUUUAUUGAAAUUAGUGAUGGUGAACUACAAAUCACCAUCACCAGUGCACUGCAGGAGAUGAUUGGAAAUUUUGUUGGUGCUGGUGGAUCAGAAGAUACUUUGCAUUGGCCCCUAGACUCAAUGAAUACAGUAUUGCUUGAGACAAUUAAACGCAGUCUUGGUGUGCUCUUUGUUUUGGGUGAAGAGAAGGCAGAUUCACUCAAAGAUGCUGAGGAUGACUUGUGGUCUAAAUUUGGUAAGAUCAACCCUUUGCUGUUUGGUGGAAUAAAAUUUAUGAUUAGCUAUGCUGGCUCAGGGCCACACAUCAGGUUUUUUGCCAUUGAUGGCUCAAUGGAAAAACUAAGUGACCCACUUCUUCCUAUCUCUGAGACAUUAGACAUGAGAACUUUUCAUGACAGGAUAAAUGUUAUCUGUACCAUCAUCUACAUUUCACGCUUAAUUAUGACUGUUAAAAAUUCCCUUCCAAAUAUAACCUAUCCUCUUGGCAAGACAGUAAAAAUGGGUUCAUCAAGCAUAUAUUACUGUGUUGACCAUGUCCGAAAGACAGUUGCAAUUCAGGAUCUCCCUUACUUUGCUGAUCCAGAUGUUCAUAUCAGUUUCUUACAGAGGAUGUAUGCUCAUGCUAAGGGCCAUUCAGGACUUGCCCAGUGGCCAAAUAUUGUAUAUGUUCCACCAUCUAUCUACUCCAACAAGACAGAUGGUGAAUAUGUAUUAAUUGAUUUUGAACAUGGGGGACCUGCAGAUGGUAACAAUGAGGAAGGAGUCUCUGAUGAUGUUUGGCUUAAAGGAUGGGACUGCAGGACAUUGGAUGAUGGUCAUUAUACUGAAAAAUCUGAAUUGUACCAAUUAGGGAAACUAUUGGAAAAUAGGUUUGGAAGUUUUGUAGAGUCAGGAGAUGGUAAUGAUUUUGUAAACAGGUUGAAAGAGAAACAGUUAUCUGCAACAGAAGCACUUCAACACCCUUGGGUCAGGGACUCAUAA